UCUGUUUAAUUUGUUUUAAUCUCUCAGGACAUAGAAACAUUUAUCGGCUGUUUCUGAUUGAGUGUUUAAUGUUUUGCAGAAUUGAUGAAUGAAGGUUUGUGACCUCAGAGCUCUUCAGUCUUUUAUACCUAACAGUUCAGUUAGAUCAAUCGUCAAUCCGUUGAUCGAUAAACUGUGUUCUGUCACUUUAAUCAGAGACAUGCCGUGUUUCCUCCUGCCGAUAGAAUCAGUCUCUGAUAAUCUGAAAUUCAGAUUUUUUUUUCUGAGCUCAAACAGGAAGUUCAGACUGAGUUAAAGGCUCAUUCCAUCAUUUUGCACCAAUCACAGUCCGCGGCUGAGACUCUGCCUGAUGACAUCACAGCGACAUCAUCAGGCUGAUUGACAGGGUGAUGAGGUCACAGUGACAUCAUCGGGCUGAAAUAAAUUUGACUUGACCCACAACCAGUAUAAACGCUGACCUCACUUCCUGUCUGUCAGGAACCUCCCUGAUGUCACUGCCGAGGAUUUCGCCAAAGUCGACCUCCAGCAGUUCAAGUGGAUCCACUGGGAGGUUAAUCUUGUCUGAUUUCAGGGUCGUAACGCCGACCAGCAGGUGAAGAUGAUCCAGCAGGUCGUGACCUACAACAGCACAUUGCCACAGCAACAGAGAAUCACCGUCUCCGUGGAGAUAGAGAAGACCAGAGAGCCGCUGUAUCAGCUGUUUCCUCAUGGUGAUGUGGUGUUCGUUAGUAAAGACGUGGCUCGUCACUUCGGUUUCCUGUCAGCUGAGGCUGCUCUGAGGGGACUCUACAGUCGAGUCAAACCAGGGGCUGUUCUAAUUUGUCCCUGGGCAGAGAGAGGAGCGGACGCUUUAGGUCCUGACGGUUCGAUAGUUCAUUCGGACUCGUUUCCUCCUGAGACUCUGGUGGACACUCUGGGAGCUGGGGACACUUUCAACUCUGCCGUCAUCUACACACUGUCCAAUGGUGGGAGUUUGCAGGACGCUGUGACCUUUGGCUGCAGAGUCGCCGGCAGGAAGUGCGGUUUCCAUGGUUACGACGGCAUCGCAGAGGCGUUCUUUGAGCGUUAACAAUGGUGAACUUUUUGCCGCUGAAAAACAUACAAGAGAACUCAAGUUUUACAAACUGAUUUUAAGAACUUGUUUUUAAUUUUUAGUAUAAAAUGUGAUGCUUCAUGAAACCAUUGUUUAUCAUCAAGUGUUUACAAUGGUUAGCUAUUUUUAGUUAAUGAUUAAUCGUUAUGUAAAAAUAAUAAGAGAUGAUUAUCUGAUAGUUGAAUCUUUCAUUCACUGAAGCUGCUAAUUCUCUGAUCAUCAGGAGUAAAUGAAGGGUUAACUGUGAGUUUAACUGAAGGAACCUGUUGUGUUUUUUACCUGAUGAGAAUAAAAUCACUAAUCAAUAAGUGACA